CGAAGCGAAGACACUUCGCGGGUCCACCGGGACGUUGUCGACGAAGAUGACGGCGCGGGAUAGGAAUCGCGUCGGAGAAAAGCAGCGGCGAGACCAAAAGCAAGAAAAGGGGGUCGUCGUGGCGGAAGGCGGCGAUGGCAGCGGGGGAUCUGGACUUACCGCUCACGGGAGCUUCCCAUCGGCAGAGUUCGUCGAUCUGGACCGUUCGAUGGACCGCUCCAGAUUGAGUUGAGGAUCCAGGAUUCUAGUGGAUGAAUCGCUGUUGUUGGUGGGGGCCCAUCUGAUCUCUUAUUCCCUCUCCGGUCUUCUCUCCUCUCCACAACAUCAUCCACGGGAAGAAAGACGGAGGAAGCAAUGGCAGUAUGUAUAUCGAGCAAGUCAAUGACUCUCCACCAUUGGUUGCACAAGUGUUCCUCUUCGGUCGGUUCAGUAUCGGCAGCUGUAGCAGUAGCUGUUGCAUGGAAGAAGGGGAAGACGAAGAAGCUAUGCUUACUUCCCGUGAAUUGCACCCCCUUGGAGCAAAACCCCAAAACCGAACAAGAACAUAUGACAGAGGAGGAGGAGGAAGAGGAAUUCAGAAUUCUGUGUGAACCCUGCAAUGGCAGAGGAUGGCUGCUUUGUGACUUCUGUAAAGGCAAGAAGAACAAUGUGAAGGCUGAAAACAAUAGAAUCUACCGCCGUUGCCCAACAUGUAAAGCUGUUGGUUAUGUUUUGUGCUCAAAAUGCAAAGUCUUCAAGUGUAUCACCUUCCCAGAUUAUUCUGAUGGCAAGCUGACUGCCUAAGUCUAAUAUAACUCGACUCCAGUUAUAUAUUCUUUUCUUUUCUUUUUUUCUUUCCUGAGAUUGGUUUCCCUUUCAACAUGGAAACCAGAUAUAGCAGGAGUAGAUUGUUGUGCUUUCAUCAAUAUCCAUGAGGCAUUUCUUAAUCUAUAAUCCUUCAUGCUUAAAAUGAAGGCGAUCUUACUGCAAGACUACUCAUGUUGAAAUCAGGAGGAGGCGGUUCUAACAUUGCUGGUGAGUAUUGAGAAAUUGCUCCACUUUUUGUGUCAGUUGUUUUCAAUGAUCAGUUGCCACCAUCGUAGCCUUUGGUGGAACCUUUGAUCCACCAUGUGGAUCCCAUUCUAUAGUUGAUGUACUACAGCUUAAUUUGCAUAUCAUUGCAAAGCAAAAUUUUCAAUGAAGCAUUUCGAGAAUGAUUUAUUACAAA